AUGUCUCGGUGUUUUCCGUACCCUCCACCUGGUUAUUCUGGGAAUAGAUCCAGCAACGAGGCCUUGAUCGAAUCGAUUAAGCUCCAGAGAGAAAGGGAGAAGGCCAAGGCAGAAAGGAAGAAAGAAAAGAGGAGGGAGAAGAAAGAGAAAAAGAGAGAAAAGAAAGAAAAGGAGAAGCAUAGUACCUGUAAACUAGCUCAUGAUGAGAAAGACCAUAAAGGGGAGAAGAGUUCUGUAGAUUUCAAAGGAGAAUACAAAAGAAAGUGGAGUAAAGAUGAAGCUGAACAGUUGGAAAGGAGUGGUCUCACUGAAGAGCAUGGGCUGUCUGUCUGUGCAUACAACCCGUCUGCUUCAUCAGAGAGCACCCAAAAUAGCAACAAGAGAAGGAGGAAUGCUUCACUUCCUGAUGGUUGCCAUAGGAAUGGGAACAUCAUUAGAAUUCGACUACCCUUGCAAAAACACAAAGAACCUGCUGCUUCAGCCACCAAAGAGGUGCUCUGCUCCACUUCGGGGAGGAUAAAUUUACCUACCCAGCAAAAAUGUGAAAUUGCUCCAAGAGCCAGUCAAGAAGGUUCCUACUCUACUUCUCUGUGGACCGAUAUUGAUGCGCAAACACUUCCCCUUAGGCUUGAAAAAGAGUUGAGUUGUUCUACUUCUAGGAGGACUGAAAUUUCUACCCAGGAUGACAGUCGAAGUGAAUAUGGCUCUAUGUCAUCUGGAAAAAAUUUGCGGAGUGUGAUAUUACAGUACCAAAAUUUGGUUGAGAACUGGGUUCCACCAGAGCGCCCUGAUUUUGAUGAUGAAGAAUUGCUCUUUCAAAGGAAGCAUCAAGACACUCGCAAGGAGAAAAGAUUUAAAGCCAACAGUGAUUUAUCUUGUGGUUCAUCUUUGGAAGUGAGGGGCUUGAUGCAGCCUGGGAAUUUUUGUGGUCACACGACUGAAGGCAGUUGUAAGAAGGUGAAUUUGGGUUCAACGAAACCAGAAACCAGCAAGCUCAACAGCAGCAACAAACAACAAGCUCAAAGAUCCCAAAUUGAGCAUCUUACCAUGUGGGUUUUCUCAAAACCUUCACUUUCUGUUCUGCUUCCAAACAAUAACUCACCCACUUCCAACCCCUCUAGAUCAUCAACAGUGAACCCAAUUCAUUGUGGUCUGCACGAGUUUAGUGAAUGCAUUGAUUCUAUAAAGAACACCCAUAAAAUCACUGAGGCUAUGAAGCUUGUGACCCAUGCUAAAGUGAGAAGAGCUCAAGAAGUUGUGGUCAAUGCUAGACCCUUCUCUGAAACUCUUGUUGAAGUUCUUUACAACAUCAAUGCACAGCUCAAAAUUGAAGACAUAGACAUUCCUCUCACCAAUGUCAGGCCAGUAAAGUUAGCUCUUGUGGUUUUUACUGGUGAUCGUGGCCUUUGUGGUGGUUUCAACAAUGCAAUCAUCAAAAAAGCCGAAGCCCGAAUUAAAGAAUUGAAAGGUCUUGGCGUUGAUAUGCUGUAA